AAAAAAGAAAAGGCCCAAGUCCUGCUGAACAAAGUUUUUGAUCAUCUGGAUAUUUCUGGGAGAAAAUACUUUGGCUUACAGUUCAUUGACAUAUCAAGCUCAGAGGAGAAUAGAUGGAUUGAUCCAACAAAGUCAGUAAAGAAACAAAUGAAAUCUCCUCCUCCACACUAUUUCUACUUUCGAGUAAAAUUUUAUGUGCCACAUCCUGAUCAGUUGGCUGAAGAAUACACAAGGUUGUACCACUUUUUUUUACAACUCAUCAAAGACUGGAUGUCAGGGAAGUUGAAAGUCAGCCAGAAGGAUGCAAUCACAUUGGCUGGCUAUGCUGUACAAUCCGACCUUGGUGAUUACAACCCUGAUGAGUUAGGCGAUUACCUAGCUAAUGUUCAAUUCCUGGCUCAUGAAACACCAGCAUUUAUCAGCAAAGUUUCAUCUCUACAUAGAAAAUUAAGGGGUAUGACGCCUGCCAUGUGUGAGUUGAAGUACCUCGAGAUUGCCAAGAACCUUGAUGGCUAUGGUGUCAGCCUCUAUAAAGCUGACAAUACUAACAAAGAGAUUGAGUUGGGAGUUUCAUCGCAUGGGCUUGUCAUGUUUAGUAGAGAGGUUAAGAUGAAAACGUUUACAUGGGGUCAAAUAGUAAAGUUAUCAUUUAAAAGGAGGCUGUUUUUCAUUCAUCUCCACAAAGAUAACACGACAACAGCAGCUCUAUCUGAAAAUAUUUACGGUUUCCACCUGUCGUGCUACAGGUCCUGUAAAAAUCUUUGGAAGUCGUGCGUCGAACACCACACUUUUUUCUGCCUACAUGCCCAACAACAAUCGCAACAGCAGCACAGACAACAACAGCAGCAACAACAACAACAGCAGCAGCAGCAGCUGUUGACAAACUCGACAAAAUCGCCGUCAUCAUCGCCGCCUUUAGAUAUAAAAAGCCAAUCGAUUUCGUUUAACGUGAACAAUAGGUCGAUGGAUAAUGACGACCCGUCGCUAUCCUCAAUCAUCCCUCCGCCAAUGUCGGCCUCGCCCACGUCAUCGUCCUUAUCGCAAACCCACUACAUCAUUGAGCCUGCAUCGUCGUUUACAUCUGCGCAACUACCGAAUCUUUCACAGCAGCAGCAACAGCAGCAAUUUGUAGCUUCAUCUUCACUUACUAAGAAACCCCAAACAUAUCUCGCAAGAUCUGAAGCGUUUCGAUCGGCGACUACCACAGACGCGCCUGCCAUAAACACGCAACUGAUUCGACCUAACAAAUCAGUCCUUCACAUUCCAUCCGAUCAACAGCACCAACAACAGCAGCAUCAACAGCAACAGCAACAACAGUCGUUAUUUGUAAUGACUAAAUCAUCUCUCUACAACUCCAACAACAGUAGCAACAACGUUAAUAUUGGUUUACAAAGCGAUGGCCUGAUUACGGUUCGAAUGAAGCCGGACGAGCAGGGCAGAUUUGGGUUCAAUGUCAAGGGUGGAGCCGACUUGAACCAGCCAAUAAUAGUGUCUCGGGUUGCCCCGGGCUCACCUGCCGACGCUUGCUCACCCCACCUGUCAGAGGGAGAUCAUGUUUUGUUCAUAAACGGGAGAGAUGUCAGCCAGCACACCCACCCACAGGCUCGUUUGUUGCUUGCUUGCUCGUUUUUCAUCAGGGCUUCCAGGGAGAUUCACUCAGGGGAACUGGUCCUUGUCGUCCGGCAGAAUGUCUACCUGAACGAUGCGAGUCCAGGUGAGCCAGACUUUCAGUACAUCCCCGAUACGCAUCACAUGAUGGCCGUCCUGCCACCUGGCGGAGACAAGUUGAGUGCCUCCAUUGCCCUGCUCAGGGAAUCUGUCGAGAGUAAUGCCUGCCUCGUUCAGUUCGAGCAACUGUACCGCAAGAAGGCGGGCAUGACGAUGUCUGUGUGCACGAGACCUGAGAACCUUUCCAAAAAUAGAUAUCGAGAUAUACUUCCAUAUGAUGCGACGAGAGUAAAGUUAACAAGUACGGUUGAAGAUUACAUCAAUGCCAACUACGUCAAUAUGGAAAUCCCAGGCUCUGGAGUUAUAAAUAGAUACAUUGCAACACAGGGUCCUCUGCCUGAAACUACCGCUGAUUUCUGGGCUAUGAUUGUUGAGCAAGGGUCAACGUUGGUUGUCAUGUUAACCGUAACGACGGAAAGAGGUCGUGUCAAGUGUCACAAAUAUUGGCCUGAACCCAACAACAGUCUGACCUUUCUUGAUCUUGACCUGGUUGUCACCUGCAGAGAGGAGACUUAUCCCUCGUCUUCAUACAUUUGUAGGGAAUUGAUCAUCACGGUUGGACGCAAUCCGAACAAGCAGCACCAGCAUAGGGUCUGCCAGCUUCAGUACGUGGCCUGGCCCGACCACGGCGUCCCAGACGACUGCACAGAUUUCUUGGAGUUUGUGGAAUUGGUUAGGAAGAAUAAAACUGGCGUCGUUGAACCUGCUGUCGUUCAUUGCAGUGCUGGUAUAGGUAGGACAGGUGUGCUGAUAGCCAUGGAGACGGCAAUGUGCCUGAUGGAGGCCAACCAGCCAGUGCACAUGCUGGACAUCGUCAGGCAAAUGAGAGAUCAGAGAGCCAUGCUCAUACAAACUGCUGGACAGUACAAAUUUGUAUGUGAAGCCGUUGUGAAAGUAUAUGAUGGUCAGUAUAUGUUUUAUUGGUGUGUGUGUCUGUGCAUGUUUGUGUGUGUGUGUGUCUGUGUGUGA